CCCAGCUCGAAGAAGAAGGAUCGAUUAUCUGGCCAAUGGAGAUCACCUAAUUCAGUGGUAUAAAUUGGGAAAGUGGUCUGAGCAAAGGUCUCCAAGUUCCUGAAGUCAGCCAUCAUAGUGCCUGUCCCGAAGAAAACAAACAUCAACAAUUUGAAUGACUAUCAUCCAGUUGCCCUCACACCAGCAAUAAUGAAGUGCUUUGAGAGAUUGGUCCUCUCCCACAUUAAAGUCACCAUCCCUACUAUACUGGACUCACACCAGUUUGCCUAUAAAGCAAACAAGUCUGCGGAGGAUGCCAUCUCAUUCGCUCUUCACACUGUCCUGACACAUCUGGAGGGAAAGGGCAGAUACAUGAGGAUGUUGUUCGUUGAUUAUCACUCUGCUUUUAAUACUGUCAUCCCCAGCAAGCUCAUCUCCAAACUCCACCAGCUGGGCCUCAGCUCAUCACUCUGCAACUGGGUACUGAAUUUCUUGUCAGAGCUUUCACAGUCAGUGAGACUGGGCCCUCACCUGAACUCCACUACUAUCCUGAACACUGGUAUGCUACAAGGUUGUAUAUUGAGUCCCAUACUCUGGUCCCUCUUCGCGUACAACUAUGUACCUGUAUUUAACACCAAUACCAUCGUCAAAUUCACAGACGACACAACAGAGAUUGGGUUGAUCUCCAACAGAGACAAAUCAGCGUACAGAACGGAAGUACAGAACUUAGUGAGCUGGUGCUCAGAGAAUAACCUGUCUCUUAAUACAGCAAAGACUAAGGAGCUAAUUAUCAACUUUGGAAAGUCACAGGAUGAUGAGUAUGCUCCAGUCUUCAUUAACGGAGACACAGUGGAGAGAGUGUCCAGUUUCAGGUUUCUGGGAAUACACAUCUCAGAAGACCUUACAUGGUCCACUAACACCACAACAAUAGUUAAGAAAGCACAGCAACGCUUGUUUUUCCUCAGGACGCUGAAGACAGCUGGUCUACCUGAACAGAUGCUGGUGACCUUUAACCGCUGCACCCUAGAGAGCAUUUGAACACACUGCAUCUCUGUGUGGUAUCUCAGUCGUACAGCAGCUGAUAGGAAAGCGCUUCAGCGGGUCGUCUCUAGUGCACAGAAGAUCAUCGGGACACAGAUCCCAGCCCUGGAGGACACCUACAGCCCACACUGCCUAAGGAAAGCUACAAGCAUCUGUAAGGACAAUACACACCCAUGCAAUCAUGUGUUUGAACUUCUUCCAUCUGGCAGACAUUAUAAGAUUUUCUAUGCCCGCUCUUCCAGACUGAAAAAUAGCUUUCUCCCCAGAGCUGUAAUUGCUCUGAACCAAUCGAUAAAGUAUCAUCCAUAAAUUUGUGAUAUUGCUACUUUUAAUACUGGUUUUAAGGCUGUCACGCAUCGGAGUCGCACUUUCGUACCGCCGGACGUUGCUUGUACUGGCUGGUUACUGGAUUUUAUCUAUUGUUUAUUUAUUUUAUUUGUUGUUUUAUAGCAUUGAGUACGAGAGUUGCAAACAUAUUUUUGCUGUAUCGGUGCAUGAAAAUUAUACUAUGCAAUGACAAUAAAGGUAUUUCAUUUCAUUUCAUAACUUGACUUUCAGUCCUGUUAUCAUCCACGCGAUGACACAGGCUUGUUCUUGCCCAUCCCUUCAGCUCAUCCAUAUCCCCACAAAGUCUCUCCACAUCCUCCUCAGGCCCAGUUCAUUCACACAGAACAGAUUUAUUUAUAAUCGAUGCAGAAUACAAAUGUACCUGCAGUUCCAGGGGAAACAACCCAAAUGUGUCCAGUGACCUGGGUCCAAACCUGGAUGUGAUCAACAGCAGCAAUAACUGCAGAAUCAGUUCCUGCAGUCACUUGUGAACUCACCACUGGCUCAGCAGCUGCCGUGUUUAAAUGCCCUGCGUACAUUUAAAAUUUCCCUUCAGUGAGAAGUGAGUUUGUUGAUGUCAGCAGAAGUGAGAUGACUGAAUGAAGUUCAACAGGGCAGGUGAAUGGUCU